AUGGACGAGGUACCAUCCUCACCACUCCCUCCAUCCCCAACUCCUGCGGCAACGACUCCAGUCUCGUCUCAACCAACCUAUACGACUGCAGGGACCAUCUAUAAUCCCAGCUCUUCGCAGCGGCUCCAGCCUCCCGCUCGCCGUGGUCGCCUCUUCAAGCUGAACGUCGAGGCUGCCACUUUCGUCCUUGAUGCCUCGAAAUUUGGUUCUCCCAGACCCAUCCUGUCUGAUCAAGGGUUCAAGUCCGACACAAACGCGAGGACGCCGGCCGUUGCACCCGUUCAGCAGUAUAGCCCUCUGCAGCAGAACUAUGAUCGCGCAGUGAGCCCUGCUACCAGUCCAGAUCGCGAAGCCGCCAUGUCGCCCCGACCUUUCACGCUGCACAACCCGCCUCUUCGAGCUGGAGUUGACUCCCUACCGCCUUCUCGCCUCGACACGGGCCACGGGUUCAUGGCCACAGUCGACUCUAGCGACGAUGAGAACGAUAGCAUCUCUGUAGGUGCUCUGCGGAACAUGACGGUCAAGUCUCUCCAGAACCUGGCUUCGUACCCGAACCCGAACCAGAAGAGCGCUCAGAAGGCGCUGCUUCGGGGGACAAGACCCAAGGCCGGCAGCAGUCUCGGAAGCGGGUUAUCUGUAUUGGCCCAGCCAUUCACAUACCGCAACAUGAGUCCCGGCGGCGUAAGGCUCUCCUCAAGCGAUGAGCCUUCCAUUGGAUUGCGACCUGCUCUGUCAGACCCCAGCGCACUUCACCAGAGCUACAUGGACCGUCGACGAGGACCUCGCAUGGUUACUUCCGAUGCUGGACCGAGCGGCACUUAUGCCAGUCUCUUCGAAUCUCGACGCUCGACGCCCUCUACGAACGGCGACAUGCCAGACUCUCGUCCUAUGGCGUCGAUGCAUCUCGCCACAGGUCCAGGUGCGCCCAAGCCGUUGACGGCUGGGCCUCCCGGCCAACGCCAGUACCGUCCUUCCACCUUUGAGUCCACCUUCAAGGCGCUCAAGAGCCAGGCGGCGGCCUAUCAGGCGUCCGUCACCGAUGUUGAAGAUGACAUGGAUGCCCAUCCGCUCACUCCCGGGGCGUUCAGCACCGUAACAUCGGCGGCGCAAUGCCAGAGCUUCUCUGCAGAGGACGAAGAGUAUCGGCCUGCUGCUGAGAGAAUGUUCAGCGAAACCCCCCAAGCCAUGUCCGUGGCCGCCGACAAGGCAUUUGGUAAAAGCAGAGAGACUCCAGCCGCUCCAGCCAUUCCUCCCGACACUCUAUUGUACCUGACUAUCCACUCCGAACCGGACUGGCCACGGGAGCGCGAGCCUACUCAUGAUGCUCGCGAGAUCACCCCCACGACCUAUGGUAUGCGAGGAAUCGGCAUUAGCAGCUGCGACACCCCGGAUCAAUUCUGUUUCGAUUCAGCCGGCUCGGUUCACGGUGCCCCGUCAAGCAUGCCGCCAGGUUGGCAUUCGGGGAUGCACCAUGGCAAAUGUUUUCACGGGGACGAGCCUACUGGCCCAAUGUUCCCCCAGCAAACGGGGCCGAAAAUCCUGACCCAACAGGAGCUUGCGGAACGGAGCUGGCGACUCAACGUCUGCUGGUAUGGUGGCAUAGCCAAGGACGUCACUUUGUCGAGGGCCUUUCUCAAGCCCGUUACCCGGACUGCCAAGCGACCAGUCACAGGGAGCAUUUAUGGCGCAGUUGGCGAUGGGCGUCCUAUCGGUACGAAGAAGAAUGACUCGGCUGCCCGAGGUGACAGCGCCUGCUUGAAGAGCAGCAACUCAAUGAAGUCCAUCAACAGUGACGUUGCCGGCCUUGCGCUUCUUGGCGAGGUUUUGAGCCGUGCCACUUAG